CAAUUAGUUACUCUUAUUCAGGCUUCUUACCUGCAGUAGAUCGGAUUCCGGCGCUUUAGAGCUAUCAUCAUUGACAGGCAUUGUCACCUCGGCACCUCAAGAUAAAAGAAAGGUACGGUGAAGGCAGGGCAAACAAAACCUUCGUAUGAAUCGUAGAAUUCCCUCGUUGUCAUAUUGCCUGUCAACGAGAGCUCAGUUUGCCCAUCGCUUUCGGCUUUCCCACUGACGCUCACUACCGCCCAGAUCCGUUGGCUCUUCCUCUUCCACUUGAUUGUGUCGCAAGCUACAGGACAGGGGCCGCGGAUCAAUCUGAGCACAUUAUCAAGUGGAGAAGAUGGCGCCGAGUGCUGUCUCCCCGGUGCGCGAUGCACUGGACUAUGGGCCGUCGUUAAAAACUGUAUACGAUGACACGAUUCGUUUCUUCCUCAACGGCACUCGAGUCAUUCUCGACGAGAUCGACCCAGAGGUUACACUGCUAGAAUAUCUUCGCGGCAUCGGCCUAACGGGGACGAAAUUGGGUUGUGCAGAAGGGGGUUGCGGUGCCUGCACUGUUGUUAUCAGCCAAUACAACCCGACUACGAAGCAAAUUUACCAUGCUAGCGUCAACGCAUGUCUGGCGCCGCUCGCCAGUGUCGAUGGCAAACAUGUUAUUACUAUCGAAGGGAUAGGCGAUGUGAAGACUCCACACCCGGCUCAGGAGCGGAUAGCCAAGAGCAACGGAAGCCAAUGCGGUUUCUGCACCCCCGGCAUUGUCAUGAGCCUGUACGCCUUGCUUCGGAAUAACGAGAGCCCUACUGAGCAUGAUAUCGAGGAAGCUUUCGACGGAAACUUGUGCAGAUGCACCGGAUAUCGCCCUAUUCUAGAAGCAGCGCAGACUUUUAGUGUCAAGAACGGCUGUGGCAAGAGUACCAGCAAUGGUGGCUCUGGUUGUUGCAUGGAAAACGGCAACGGCGCUGGUGGGUGCGGCAAGAUCAAGAGUUUGGAUGAUGGCCAGCCUAUCAAAAGGUUUACAUCACCGGGGUUUAUUGAAUAUAAUCGGGAUACCGAGCUUAUCUUUCCGCCGACCCUGAAGAAGCACGAAUUCAAACCACUAGCCUUCGGCAACAAGCGAAAGAGAUGGUACCGACCGGUAAAUCUUGACCAGUUGCUGGAGAUCAAGAGCGUUUAUCCCGAUGCCAAAAUCAUUGGUGGAAGCACCGAGACUCAGAUCGAAGUGAAGUUCAAGGCGAUGAAGUAUCCUGUAUCGGUAUUUGUGGGCGAUAUCCCAGAGUUGCGAACAUACAGUUUCAGCGAAGACCAUCUGGAGAUUGGUGGAAACGUCAUCCUCACAGAUCUCGAGAAUAUUUGCCAAGAAGCCGUCAAGCAUUAUUGCGAUGCUCGAGGUCAGGUCUUUGAGGCCAUGUACAAGCAGCUCAAGUACUUUGCCGGGCGACAAAUCAGAAACGUUGGCACGCCAGCAGGAAACCUGGCGACGGCCUCUCCUAUAUCCGAUCUGAACCCAGUUUUUAUGGCAGCGGACUGUGUCUUGAUUGCAAAAUCAAAGGACAAGGUGACGGAGAUCCCGAUGGCUUCAUUUUUCACGGGAUAUCGUCGGACUGCACUAGAAGAAGAUGCCAUCAUUGCCGCCAUUCGCAUUCCCGUCACGAAAGAGAAGGGAGACUACUUCAGAGCCUACAAACAGGCAAAGCGGAAAGACGAUGACAUUGCCAUUGUUACCGCUGCGCUACAUAUCCGAGUAGACGAGAAGGGCAUUGUGGAGCAUUGCAAUUUGGUGUAUGGCGGCAUGGCCCCCUUUACCGUGGCCGCGAAGAAGGCGAAUAAAUACCUCAGUGGCAAGAUGCUUGCACACCCCGAUACCCUCGAAGGGGCUAUGAAUGCUCUCGAGUCCGAUUUCAGUUUGGACUUCAGUGUGCCAGGUGGCAUGGCAUCGUACCGAAGGUCGUUGACCCUCAGCUUCUUUUACAGAUUUUACCAUGAUAUUCUCGGCGGUCUCAAGGUCGAAAGCGAGCACGGAGACAGUCAAGCUGUUGCGGAGCUCGACAGAGAGCUGUCUAGAGGUUUUAAUGACCGCGAGGCAACAUCGGAGUACGCCAAGGACACUAUUGGGAACCCGAAGAACCAUGUUGCGGCAUUGAAGCAAGUCACAGGCGAAGCUCAGUACACUGAUGACAUACCACCACUGAAGAACGAGUUGCACGCUUGCAUAGUGUUCUCCACGAAACCUCAUGCGAAGAUCAUAUCACGCGACUAUUCCGCAGCACUCGACAUUCCGGGCGUGGUGGACGUGGUGGACAAGGACGAUCUCCACGACCCCGAAGACAACAAGUGGGGAGCACCUAACUUCGAUGACCUGUUCUUCGCUGAAGACGAGGUCUUCACAGCGGGCCAGCCCAUUGCCGUUGUGUUAGCUACGUCACAAGCAAGGGCAGCCGAGGGUGUUAGGGCAGUCAAGAUUGAGUACGAAACUCUUCCAGCCAUCUUCACAAUGGAGGAGGCCAUCGAACAGGAGAGCUUCCAUAAAUUCUACAGGUAUAUCCAAAAAGGUGACACGAAAGAGGCCUUCAAGACCUGCGACUAUACCUUCUCGGGUGUGACACGGAUGGGUGGCCAAGAGCACUUCUACCUUGAGACAAAUGCUUGCUUGGCCAUACCUAAACCUGAAGAUGGUGAGAUGGAAAUCUGGACAAGCAGCCAGAACCCGACAGAGAGUCAAAUGUUCGCAGCUAAAAUCCUUGGUGUCCAAGCCAACAAGGUUACGGCUCGGGUGAAACGGCUUGGUGGUGGUUUUGGUGGCAAGGAGACCAGAUGUGUCUUGCUCAGUACCAUCAUCGCCCUCGCGGCGCAGAAGACCAAACGUCCAGUCAGAUGCAUGCUCAACCGAGAUGAGGACAUGGUCAUGUCUGGACAGAGACAUCCUUUCAUUGCCAAGUGGAAGGUGGGCGUCAACAAGGACGGAAAACUCCAAGCACUGGACAUCGACGUCUUCAACAAUGCCGGGUGGUCCUUUGACUUGAGCGCGGCUGUGUGCGAACGAGCGAUGACGCAUAUUGAUAACUGCUACAAGUUCCCCAACUUGCACGUCCGCGGGCGUCUCUGCAAGACUAAUACCAUGUCCAACACGGCUUUCCGUGGAUUUGGUGGUCCUCAGGGCAUGUUCAUAGCGGAAUCGUACAUGUCGGAAGUUGCCGAUCGCCUGGGCAUGCCCGUGGAACGACUGCGCGAGAUCAACUUCUACCAAGAUAACGACGAAACCCACUUCAAUCAAACGAUUCAAGACUGGCAUGUUCCGCUCAUGUAUAAGCAGGUCCUGGAGGAAUCGGACUACGCCAACAGGCGCACAGCUAUUGAGAAGUUCAACUCGGAGCACAAAUGGCGCAAGCGAGGACUGGCCAUCAUUCCUACCAAAUUCGGUAUCUCUUUCACGGCGUUGUGGUUCAACCAAGCAGGCGCGCUUGUACACAUAUAUCACGACGGGUCCGUUCUCGUCGCCCAUGGCGGCACCGAGAUGGGCCAGGGGUUGCAUACCAAGAUGACGAUGAUCGCCGCAGAAGCAUUGAAAGUGCCGAUGGAGGAUGUUUACAUUAGCGACACGUCCACCAACACAGUCGCAAACACGUCUGCAACUGCUGCAUCGGCCUCAUCAGACCUGAACGGCUACGCAAUCUGGAACGCAUGCGAGCAGCUCAACGGCCGCCUGGCUCCGUACCGGGAGAAGCUUGGCCCUAAGGCGACCAUGAAGGACCUAGCCCACGCGGCAUAUUUCGACCGAGUCAACCUGAGCGCCAACGGUUUCUACAAAACGCCCGAGAUCGGCUACACCUGGGGCGAGAACAAGGGCAAAAUGUUCUUCUACUUCACCCAAGGCGUCACCGCCUCCGAGGUGGAAAUCGACUGUCUGACGGGAACGUGGACUUGUCUUCGAGCCGAUAUCAAGAUGGACGUAGGUCGCUCGAUCAACCCCUCCAUCGACUAUGGCCAAAUAGAAGGCGCUUUUGUCCAGGGCUUGGGCCUAUUCACCAUGGAAGAAAGUCUCUGGCUCCGCAACGGUCCCAUGGCGGGCAAUCUUUUUACCAAGGGCCCUGGUGCGUACAAGAUCCCCGGGUUUCGCGACAUCCCGCAGGAGUUCAACAUCACGUUGCUCAAAGGCGUCACGUGGGAGAACCUGCGCACCAUUCAGCGGAGUCGCGGUGUCGGCGAGCCGCCCCUGUUCAUGGGCAGUUCCGUCUUCUUCGCUAUACGCGACGCGUUGAAGGCUGCCAGGGCCGACUAUAACGUCAAGGCCAAGGUGGGCAUUGAGGGUGGGGAGGACGAUGGGCUGUUGAGGCUUGAAAGUCCGGCUACGCCGGAGAGGAUUCGGUUGAGUUGUGUGGAUCCGAUCAUGGAGCGGGCGAGGGUGGCUCCUAAGGAGGGCGAGAAGAGUUUCUUUAUUGCCAUUUAGAGCACGUGGGAAUGGGAGAACAACAUGUAUUUGACAGUGGUAGGUCGGGAAUGGCCGAGGUACACCAGGGGCUCAGGUGUUAAGGAGGUCACCAGGAAGUGUUAAGGAAAGAACAAGCAUUCGCUUGCUAGUAUGAAUGAACAUGGCGAUUUGAUGUCCACAGUCGCAGUCGUCAUCAAGCUCAAGCAUAUCGAUGAGAUGAGACGAGAGAGCCGAUAUCCCAAACAUACCUGUGCCGGUCUAUUAAUGACUCCACAGUUCAGUCACUCUUGCUGGAGGGCGGGGUUGCGGGAGAUCAUGAGCAUGAAGGCAAGCCCUAUUCGCUGUUGAUUCAUUAUGAAUCAUAUGUGAUCACGCCGUUGACUAAGCGAGCCUCAAGCAAUGGAUUCAAUGGAC